AUGGUUCCUCGGAGUCAGAAUCAACAAAAACAAACAAUAGCUCUUUUGAAUAAAAAAUGUAAUGAAUGUGAGAAUGAAAAAAGUGAAUUAGAAAUUAAAUGUGGAAAUCAAGAUGCCACAAUAACAGAUUUAAAUACAAAUGUGAGAAAUUUAGAACUUACUAUUGUGCAGCUUACAGAGAAAUUAGGAGACCAAGAAAAUAAAAUAGAGAAUUUAAAGAAGGAAAAUUCAACUCUUCAAGAUAAUCAAAUGAAGCUUAGAAUCCAAUACGAUAAUGAAAAGAAACAGUAUGAAACAGAAUAUGCAAUUAUGUUAGAUGAGAAAGAUAGACAAUUUCAACAUAUCUCCGAAGACAAAGACAAACAAAUAAAAGACUUAGCUGAUGAAGAAGAAAAACUAACUGAUUUAAUAAAUUCAAAUAAUACUAGUAUAAGUCGUCAACAACGAGAAGAAUUAAAUAGGAAAAUAAAUACAAAUUUAAUGUCUCUUACGGAAUACCAACUAAAAUUAGCUGCAUGUGAAAACGAUAUAAGGAUCCAGAAUAUACAAUUUCUGGAAUGCCAACAAGCCUUACAAAAAUGCAACUAUGAUAAACAAAUAAACCAAAAAGAAUAUAAUAAUUUAUUAGUAUCCCAAAACAAUUAUGUUCAAGAAUGCCAACAAAAACUACUAGAUUGUGAAAUUCUAAAAAAAUAA